AUGUCGGAGGAGAAGUUGGAAGAUGUCGAGUACAUCGGUGGCGCGCCGUACGCACACCAGCUGACUGCGGGCCUUCACUCGCUCAACGACAGUGACCGCCAGCACGAUGGCCCACUCACGAUAGAAGAUGAAAUCGAGACUAAGAGGAUCAUGCGCAAGCUCGACUGGCGCGUGCUGCCCAUCUGCUCCGUCCUCUAUCUAUUCUCGUUCCUCGACCGCACUGCUAUUGGCAAUGCAAAAGUCGCAGGCAUGAACGUCGAACUGGGAAUCACAGCGACCGAAUACGCUCUUGCUCUUUCCCUCUUUUUCGUCACGUACGGUCUUUUGGAAGUGCCGAGCAACUUGAUGUUGAAGAAGUACGGCGCCAAGCUCUGGUUGCCAUUCAUUGUCUUUUGGUGGGGUGUCGUCAUGACCCUCACCGGCGUUGUUCAGAACGCUGGCGGUCUCAUCGCCGCACGCAUCAUGCUCGGUGCUGCCGAAGCUGGUCUCUUCCCCGGAGUCUCGCUGUUGCUCUCCUUCCUCUAUCCGCGCGCUUACAUCUCUUUGCGCAUUGGAACCUUCUUCAGCGCUGCAACCGUCGCUGGCGCCUUUGGUGGUUUACUCGCAUACGGUCUGUCGCACGUCAAUGCCGGAAGCUACAGUGGUUGGCGAUGGUUGUUCAUCGUCGAAGGUCUGCUCACAGUGGGCGUCGCCAUCAUUUCGUAUUUUUUGCUGUUUAGCAACGUCGACGGUGCAAAGUUCCUCACCGACAAAGAAAAGCACUAUAUUAAGGAUCGGCUAACAUACGACGGUACCGACGUCCCCAUGAAUGACGAGUUCGCCUGGAAGUUCGUCAUAGCCGGUUUGAUUGACUGGAAGACAUGGGUCAGCUUGAUCACCUACAUCGGCACUGUCACUCCGCUCUACUCGAUCGCUCUCACGCUUCCGUCUAUCCUCAAGACGACACUUGGCUACGACGCGAUCCAAUCCCAGAUUCUCACCAUCCCGGUUUACUGUGUUGCGGCCAUCAACGUGCUGCUCUUUUCUUAUUUUAGCGACCGCACCAAGAACCGCGCGUACUUCAUCUGCCUCGGCACAGGGGUUUCGGCGAUCGGAUGGAUCAUGGGUUUCGCGUCUCGCAACCCCAAGGUGCGAUACGCCGCCUGCUUUAUCGGCGCUCUUGGCUCGUACGCCGGCUUUCCACCCCUCAUUGCACUGCUCUCCCAAAAUGUUGGCGGCAAGAGUAAACGCUCCGUUACCCUUGCCAUUCAAGUAGGCAUUGGAGGGAUGUGUGGAAUCAUAUCUAGCAAUAUUUUCCUGCCGCAAGAGGCACCGAACUAUCCCACUGCAUACAUUAUCAACAUCGCCUGCAACAUCGUCGCUUUCUGGGGAGCCCUCGGCCUCAUAUUUAUGCUCAGGCUCGCCAAUGCCCGAAAGCAGCGCAUGGUCGAUAGCGGCGAAGCGGCGAAGCUGACGCGGAAGCAGCUCGCCGACCUGGGUGAUUCGAGUCCUUACUUCAAAUACCGCUGGUAG